AGAAGCGGUCCGUGCCGCCGCAGCGGGGUGCGCGCCUCCCCUUUAAGGCGGCGACACGUGUGCGCGGCGGCGGCGGAGCCCCGGAUGCUGCGCCCCUGGGUGCGCCAUGCCCAUCGUGGACAAGCUGAAGGAGGCGCUGAAGCCUGGCCGGAAGGAGCCCGCCGAGGAUGGGGAGCUGGGGAGGCUGCUGGCCUCCUCGGCCAAGAAGGUCCUGCUGCAGAAGAUCGAGUUUGAGCCCGCCAGCAAGAGCUUCUCCUGCCAGCUGGAGCUGCUGAAGGGGAAGUAUGUGCUGCUGAACCCCAAGGCGGAGGGAGCUGGACGCCACAAGAGCCCCGAGGAGGGGACCGCCGGGAAGCAGGGCAGCGACCGUGCCCUGGGCAGCGCGGGGGACGGCAUCCCGCCCCCACAGAAGGUGCUCUUCCCUGUGGAACGCCUCUCCAUGAAGUGGGAGCGGGUUUACCGCGUUGGUGCCGGGCUCCACAACCUGGGCAACACCUGCUUCCUCAACUCCACCGUGCAGUGCUUGACCUACACGCCGCCCCUGGCCAACUACCUGCUCUCCAAGGAGCACGGCCGCACCUGUCACCAAGGAGGCUUUUGCAUGAUGUGCAUUAUGCAGAAUCACAUGAUCCAGGCUUUUGCCAACAGUGGCAAUGCAAUCAAGCCAGUGUCCUUCAUCCGAGACCUCAAGAAGAUUGCUCGACACUUCCGCUUUGGCAGCCAGGAGGAUGCACAUGAGUUCCUGCGGUACACCAUUGACGCCAUGCAGAAGGCCUGCCUGAAUGGCUGCACCAAGUUAGAUCGCCAGACCCAGGCAACAACUCUGGUUCACCAGAUCUUUGGUGGCUACUUGCGGUCCCGAGUGAAAUGUUCGGUGUGCAAGAGUGUCUCGGACACCUAUGACCCUUACCUGGACGUGGCGCUGGAGAUCAGGCAAGCCGCAAACAUAGUGCGAGCACUGGAGCUGUUUGUGAAGUCGGAUAUGCUGAGUGGGGAGAAUGCCUACAUGUGUGCCAAGUGCAAGAAGAAGGUGCCAGCCAGCAAACGCUUCACCAUUCACCGAGCCUCCAAUGUCCUCACGCUCUCACUGAAGCGCUUUGCCAACUUCAGUGGAGGCAAGAUCACAAAGGACGUGGGGUACCCAGAGUUCCUGAACAUCCGUCCUUAUAUGUCCCAGAAUAACGGGGACCCUGUCAUGUAUGGACUCUAUGCAGUGCUGGUGCACUCGGGCUACAGCUGCCAUGCAGGACACUACUACUGCUAUGUGAAGGCCAGUAAUGGGCAGUGGUAUCAGAUGAAUGAUUCCCUGGUCCAUUCCAGCAACAUCAAAGUGGUUCUCAACCAACAGGCCUAUGUGCUGUUCUACUUGAGAAUCCCCAGUGCCAGGAAGAGCUCUGAAGGGCCCAUUGCCAAAGCCGCCUCCAGCCUGCCUGGCUGUGCUGGUGUUGUCUCUGAUCAGAUCAAGAAAACUGUGACCAAUGGGCCCACAUCUUCACCACUGAUGGGUCGGAGACCAGACACGCUGCAAGGGAAGAAGCUGCAGGGACCAGAGGAGAUAGGGGUUCCUGUGGCCCGGAGCAUGUUCGGGACUGUGCCAAAGCUGCAUAAUGGAACCACUCAGCCGAAGCUGCCUGCUGGGUCCCCUUCACCCAAACUGGCCACCAAAUCCAUUCACACAGCAGCAGCGCUUCCAGAUGACAUAGCCCAGAAGCCUAAGAAGCCGCUCUCCUCCCCUCAACAGCCUCUUCCACCCAGAGCAGUUCAAGGCUUCUGUGAUGCCAACAAUGCAAGUAGGGCUAAAGCUGAAUUCCUCAGGCAGAGCUCCUGGGAGAGCAAGGAGCCACCUACCUCACCCAAACUUCUGUCACAGCAUGCCCCCAGUCAGGAGCUCCAGGGCAACAGGGAGAAUGCUGAGACCCCAGAAAGGGUCUCCUGCAGCAGCAGUUCUGCUAGUCCAGCGCACAGCAGAGCGGGAGAGCUGGCCAAAGUGUCUCAGAAGGCCGGGAACAGAGCCAGCGGCCUCUGCACCCCUCAGGAAACUGACUGUGGCACAGACCUCCCUGCUGACCAUGACACUGAUCCGGCUGGCCCUGAAGACUCCAAGUUGUCAAAAUUGAAAUCCUCCUUGUUGGGCAGCACAGCUUUGGAACUGAACAGCACCAUGUCACCACCACCGGCCAAGAAACUGGCGCUUUCUGCCAAAAAGGGCAGCACCCCGCGGAAGGCGAGCGGAAGUGACCGCCAUGCACAACCUCACCCACAAUUUGCUGACCACACCUACCCCACGACCACCACCCACCCUGACUCCACUUCUCCCUGGUCUUUCAGCAAGUCCAGGUUGUCCUCGUCUGCUCUCAAACUGCCAAAUCCUGAAAAGCCUGCCUUCAGCUUCGUCCUCAGCUCAGCCCCUCAGCUCCCAGCCACCCCCCUGACCAAUGGCUCCACUCCCUGCUCUUCGCACCACCUUUCUCCCUACAGCAGGGAGAAGACGCCCAGCCAGGUUAUGCCUGGUUUCUCCAAAAAGAAGCAGCGAAAGCAGCAGUAUGAAGCAGAACGUAGCCCCUGUGCUGCAGCUGUGAAUGGCAAGGACGAACUCUGCAGCCCCCCAAAGAAGAGGAAGCAUCUUGCUCAGGAGGACUCGGUGUCCCCUGCAGGAAAGGGGACAGCAGUUAAAGAUCCCAGUGGUGGCAGAAAGGGGCUGGGCAGUCAGGAUCUGGAGAGCAGGCCCAAGCAGCAAGCAUCAGACCCCAGCCGUUUCCCUAGCACAGAGCCCAUCUCCCCACUCAAGAAGAAAAAGAAAAAGAGGAGAAUGCAAGAGACAGAAGAGCACUGCUUUGGGAUGCUGCCCUCAGGCAGCUUUAGGAGAGCUGAAACAGAGCCUUGGAGGGCAAAGCAGCAGCCCAACUUGGAAACUCGGGCUGGAGAGAGUGAGCACCGGAAGCGUAAGCGAAGGGAAAGCCUCAGCAGUCCAGCUGUGGAGCAACCUACUGCAAACGGUUCCCAUGCCAGAGACAGCACUCCAGUGGCAACCUGUGACUGGGACAGCCAGGUCAAAGAUGGGUACAAGCACUGCUCAACUGCCACGAGCCUAGAGCCCAGACACAGGAGCCAAGAAGAAUCCAAUGUGGUGAAGGAACUGCUCAGGAACUCCUUGGACAAGGCUUAUGGAAAACAAGUUUUGACCUGGGAUGGUGAGAUCUCAGCUAUCAGCCAGGAUGCUGUUAGAGAUGCAACUUGGGCCCAGAAUGAGACCGUCAUUGAUGAAUGGGAUGAGGAGUUUGACAGAGGAAAGGUGAAAAAGUGUAAAAAGCUGAAGCGAGAGCGAAAGAGACACUUCAACCCUUUCCAGCAGCUGCAGAGCAAGCGCAACUUCUGGUCUGUGACACAUCCCGCGAAGGCGGCCAGCCUGAGCUAUCGGCUCUGAGGGGGGAACGGGCUGCAUCCUGCAGUCAGGAGUGAGUGGAGCAGUCCCGAGUCAAGGAUCGUAUGAAGAGCGCCGUUCCUUGGAGCUGCGGUCCAGUGUCCUAGGGAGGAAGAGAGCAGAGGGGCUGCAUGCCCCGCCAUGUUCCCCACUUCCGGGGUGGACAGAUACCUCUGUGGGAAGGACGAUGCUUGCGAGUGUCCGAGUGUUUCCGCAGGGCUCUCGGCCCUGGCCGCUAUAUACUGUCCCAGGGCCGAGCCACGGGCUUGGAGCGUUUGAAGCCUUUUGUGUUCCCCUCUUUGGGAACUGCCAUCCUUCCAGGCCCACGGCUUCCUGUGGUAUAUGGGUGCUUCCCUCCACCUCUUCUUGCCCUUGGCAGUAGCUGAGGAAGAGCCUGUCAAGCUCCAAGGGUGAGGGGCAGAGGGGUGUCCUCUCCCCUGCCCCAAGCGAAGUGCUGGGGCUCUCCUCUGGGCGUUGCUGUAUCCAGCUGCCCUGGCGGCUCCCCCAUAUGUGCCCUGGCCUGGAGCUGCCCACACUCCUUCCGUCCUUGCUGUCUUGUGCAGGCAUGCAGAGACAAGGUAGGAUGUGCAGCUCCCUCUCCUGUCAAUGCUGGUCUUUCAGCAUGCUCAUCCUGGGGCUUGAGGCUCUGGGGGGGCUGUAGUGGAAAGUGCCUGCAACUAGUCACUGCUCACCGUGGUGCUCA